AUACUGCGCGUUACGCAACCGGGAGAAAGAUAAAUAAACACGCGCGUGUGGACUGCGGCGUCGUGUGAGUCAUCGCACACAAAGAUAGUCGGCGCCGAUAGCGAAGUAAGACGCAAUACGGCGCGGGCGGUGUGUGUUUACAUUUCGCGAUAAUUCGCAAUGGAAAUGUUUGAGAUAUCCGAUUCGACUAGCGGAGCUAUUUGGAAACCGAGCCCCCAUCGAAUGUAGUGAAAAAGAAAAGAUGAGUGCGACCGUUUCUGAUUUUUGUUCCAUUGUUAUCUUUCCAAACAUACAAUAAAAUAUAAAAACUAAAAUAUAAAAUGUAGAAGAACGAUUAAGAAUCAUAUCUACAAAGUUUACAGAUUUUAAUUCAGCGAAAUUAAUCGGAAAAAAUUAUACGUUAUCUGUGAACGUUCUAUCCUUGUGAUAAGCCUAACGUAAUAGCCUUCUGAAGGCAAUCACACAUGAAUACGAAUUGAGAUAAGUAGGGCGCGUUUGGAAUAUUCAACUUUAAGGUAAUUGAUGAUAACAUUCAGCUAACUUCACGUUGUUUUAUGUUAAUUCUCUCUGAACGUCGAUAAGAAUAGCCGAUAAACGUAAACACCUGUGUCGUCAAAUGGAAAGUACCCCAGUAUUAGGCAGUCUUGAAGUAGAUGUACCGAUGUGAACGAAUAUGUUCGAAUCUUGCUGCGAGAUGAAGGAUGAAGAUAUUUCCCCAAGCGUAGCGUUGAGUGUUUUCAAGGACGAAAAUAAUUGGGCAGAUAGAACCACCUGGCAACAUUGUAAAGACGACCUAGAAAAUUCCAACACGUAAGCUCACCCGACGUCCAAGUGCAUUGCCUUCUGCGAGUUCUAUAGAGCGUGUAUUUCCAGCGCUCUGAUGCCAUGUAACAGUGCUGCUUUUAGCCAAGUGCAGAUUUCUGAAGAAUAGCGACAACACGGAAGACUAACAGAGUGGAUUUAGUAUCGAAAGUAUCGAAUAAGAAAAAUUCAAUAAUGUCUUCAUUAAAUUUACGCUACACGAGAAACAUCCUCAAUCGUCUUACUCUGAAACAAAGGCUAUUUUACGAGAAGAAUGGUUUUCUAAUAUUUCCCCGCUUCAUACCACAAGAUGUGCUCGAUAAAUGUUACGAAAGAUUUAACGAAAUCGCCGAAGGAAAGUCACAGCAAAAUACGAUGGUAAUAAUGUACGAUGUAAAGGAUAGAAAAGCGUUAACUAAAAUACAAGAUAUGCAUAUGGAUUCGGUAUUCCGUCAAUAUACCGAAUACAAGAAAAUUCUUGACAUAAGCGAGUGUUUUACGGGACCAAACAUCAUGGCGAUACAUAGUAUGCUCAUUGCGAAGCCACCCGAUAGCGGAUUUGGAAGUUCAAGACACCCACCGCAUCAAGAUCUGUACUACUUCCCAUUACGACCAGCCGAUCGUAUAGUAGGUGUAUGGACAGCCAUGGAACCUUGCGAUACUGAAAACGGAUGUCUCUAUGUGGCGCCUGGAUCACAUACUUUAGGGAACUUGUGUCCACAUGGUUAUCCUCCGGAGUCGGAAGGUGUGGUGAAUAAGUUUUAUCAUGGAAUACAUCAAUUACCUUCAAUGCUCAACAAUUGGGUAAAUCUUGAGAUGCAACCCGGCGACACAGUAUUCUUUCAUCCGUUGCUCAUUCACGGAUCUGGCAUUAAUAAAUCCAAUAGAACGAGAAAAGCGAUUUCCUGUCAUUACGCAGCAGCAGAGUGUACUAUUGUUGAUGAUGAUCCGGUUCAGGAAACCAUCAGGAAAGAGAUUUUAGAACAAUUAAAGAAAAGGAAUCCCGAUAUAGAGUUACAAUACGCGGAUAUAUGGCGUUUUAAAUCCGUGCUCGUACGCGGUCUCCGUUCUUCUUAUUAAAAAUGUUUAAUUGUAUUAUAUUAAUUAGAGGCCAUUUGUUUUCUACAAGGCUAGUAUGUAAUAAUAAUUAAAU